AUGACGCCUGCAGCUCCAAAUUUCGACGGUUUUGCUCCAAAGGCAAAGUUUCGUUGCGUUCAGCGGCGUUCAUUUGGCGCCGAACCGCUAACGAUGAACGGAAUUAAAAGAGCUCCGAAACUUAAAAAUAUUCAGAAAAAGGAGCUGAAUCCUUCGAAUUCUAACGCAGAAAGUUGUGACGACGAAGAUACUACUCCGAAACGGAAACGUUUCUCGCCUAUUAAUCAUCGUUUCAGCUCAUCUCCAAGCACUUCUAACAAACUGCAUUGCGACAACCACGUGGAAUUUAGCGAUGAGGAUGCCGAAGAAGUGCUUUCUUCCCGUGGAUGCAGAUUCAGCAAGUCCGGUGGCAGCACCGCUAAACCCAACGACCACCGACACGUUAAAACUGAGUGUUUAGACGAACAGUCAAAUGUCAGUGGUAGUUCUGAUUUGCAAACUCCCACUAAACGCAGUUUCUACAUUGUUCAGAAUGAUGGACGACCCGCUGAAAUGUUUCGCACCGACCUACUCGAUAGAUUACGCAGAGGGAUCGAUACCAACGUGGAUAGCGACGAUGAUGAUGUUCCAGGAUGUGGUUUGAUACGUAUGACAGACAGAUGGCGUACGGAGUGGAGCGACGGCACACAGGUUCCUUUACAGCCGAACUGUGUGUAUGUAAAUGAAGUGCGUAAAGCUGCUGUCAACUCCCGACAUUCGGGCAUACGUCGUAUACAGCAAGGGCGACGUGCAUUGAUGAAGAAAUUCCUCUCCGAACCUUACGAAGAGCUUCCGAGGGAAUCUUUACGACUCUAUGAAAGCACAAGAUUAGACAAACAGUGGUUGGAACUAUUGAACGAGCAGCGUCUUGAGAUGCAGAGACCGGCCUUAACUAUGGGAAUGUUUCUAGAGAUCAUGAAUGCUUUCGAGAUCGAGUGUUACAAGAAUAUCCAUAAGAAGCUUCUGGAACCUCUACAUUCACCUAGUUCACGUCUGGGCGAGUUUGAUGAAGAGGCUGCAUGUGACAUUUGUCGGGCGUUUGAAUCUGAACCAGACGAUGAAAUGGUCUUUUGCGAUGGGUGCAAUCUCUGCGUUCACAUGUCCUGUUAUGGGUUGCAAGUUUUGCCUCCCGGCGAAUGGCUCUGCAUGAAGUGCCGCUUUUGUUUUGGAAGGAAUCCGCCAUGCAUUUUGUGCCCAACGAUAGGCGGUGCUCUGAAGUGCACAGAUAGGAAGAAUCAGUGGGCACAUGUGGUUUGUGCUUUGUGGAUACAUGAGUGCAGAUUCGGAGAUUUUGAGAAACGCGAACCGAUUACGUGUAUUGGUGAGAUACAAGAGGAGAGAUGGGCAGCAAAGUGUUCUAUAUGUGAUACUCGACAGGGGGCGUGCAUAAAGUGUUCUGUAAGCUCCUGCAAAGUAUUUUUCCAUGUUACAUGUGCUCUGCGAAGCGGAUUAGAAAUGCGUAUCGAACAGGACUCUGACGAUGACAAAGUACACAUGAUUUCAUUAUGUUCAAGGCAUCGCUCGGUUAAAAUUUUCGAUUCGGACGAUGCCAAAUGUGACCCAAAUCAGCAGCCUGGUUCUGAUGAAGAAACAGAGGAAUACUGUAUUUCUGGACCUCUAGCGAAGCUUGAGCAGACGUGCUACCAGUUUGUUGAUUACAAACAGAUUGCAGACAGGCUGUCGCUCGACCAUUUGUACGUUUCUGAUGUGUUCGAGUACUGGAAAAGGAAAAGGUUAGAUAAUAAUGGAAAACCUCUAAUUGAAAAUCUUCAAGACGAGGUCAUGAUCGAUGACCCAGAAUCGUUACAACUUGAGCUUCCUGAUUUCUUUGAAAUUUCUAAUUGCGGAACGCAACCUGCAUCGAGAAAAGGUCGUGGGCGUACACGAAACACCGAAAGUAACACUGUAGUAAUCCCUUCGAGUUCGUGUGACCUUAAGAGGAUGACUAAGGCGGUGCGCUCUUGGGUCAGAUUGUGCAACUCCCUCCACAAGGGACAUGAUCUACUUGGUCUGUUUUUGAAGAAAAUUAAAGAGGAACGGAAUUACGUACAUGCUAGUGGCGGUGCAGCUUUGCUCAUCGCUGAACAUAUUUCACGGCCUGUGCCUCUCAGUCAUCGUAUUGUCACUUAUCUAAACGAAAGUAUAGAGGGUUUGUUUACAAAGGAGGUGUUGAGUUACGGCGAAUCGCUGGCUGAGGAUUUUUGCUGUUUAUCAGAACCUCCCUCACCAAGUGCAUCACCGAGCAUGGCAGCAAGCAGCACCUCAUCGUUUGAGCCUACUCCAUCAACUUCUUCUGAGCCGUGCCACCAUAGUUCUCUUACUUCAACAUCAUCUCCAAGAAAACAUAGAGGAAAGCUCGCUGCUGGUGUACUCCCAGUGUCGUCAGCACACAGUCGAACUUCGAUACUUAGACCACAUCACCCAGUGCAGGAAUCAAGCGGAAGGAUUUCACUAUCUGCUCUAACAGAAGAACAGAAUCGUGCAAGAAAAGAGAGUUUGCGCCAUGCAAAUGUUAAGAAAGAUAGCAAAAGUGAUGAAAAGCCCCGCGAAUGCGUUGCUCUGAUAGAACCGUCGUCUCGAAUUCUGCGUUCGACGAAAGUUGCUGAAAGUACCACCACUUCGCAUUCAGAAUUGGUUUUAAGAAAAGAGGAAUCCGGUCUAUUCAUCAAUCAUGCUGAUGUCCUUCCUCCUUUACAAUCUCCCCUACCCAAGAAUGUUGAGAGGAAAACCUGUGGUCGUUUCGCUUCUAGAGCAAAAACUUCUUCGGAGAGUGCCGGUACUGAUAAUCGCAAACGUCUUAGAAGUUCCACAGAAAAGCAAGGCACGACGCCAAAACUCCCGAAAACGAUGAAAAAUGCGAGCAGGGACUCAACAAAUGGUUUGCGCAACAUCAUGCAAAAUAAGGAUGACACGGAGUUGAGUGAGACUCGGACUUUGAGGUCUCGUGCCAGCUUACCUCCUAUGUUUCAAGUUGCAAGGAAUGUUGGCAAAGCGACUGCAACGUUGACUAAGGUUGAUUUUGCGCAAAGUCGCAUUAGGCGGCAUUCCGAUGAUCUACUCCAGGCAUCCGCUAGGACUGUACCUCUCGGAAUUUUAUUCUACGAACAUUUCGUCGGUAUGUUCCUUACGACUCACUGUGUAUUGAAGCAAGCAGAGCAUUGA